UCAAUAUCAAUUUCCAAAUUCAUCAUUGCACUGCCUACCUACCUUACGUACCUGGAAGCGAUCCAUUUGCAAGAAUGGCCGAGGGCAAUGGAACAACGGAUACAGUUCUCCUGGCCACGUUCGGUGUUUUGAGCUUAAUCGCGGCUGUAGCUGGUAUACAUUAUCGUGAUUCGCUUUGCGGUAUCUUCUGCAGGCAACUUCGACGGGCAUGGGCCGAUGGGUUCGCAAGCCUAUCAAGCGAGAGCUAUCAGGACGCCAGGAAUUACGAUGAGGAACAACCUUUAGAGUUACAUUCUAGGAUGUGGGCGCCGGCAUACUUCGAUCACUCAUUAGCUAGAGCCUCGUCUGCCAGUGCCUCCAUUUUCGAGCUGGAAGGGUAAUCCUGCCGAGGAUGUUCUGCAUUGGCCAUAAGUUCGGAUGUGGAAGCGCUCGACUUAUCGUUCGUAUCUUCGAUGGCCCGUGAAUGGCUCAGUCGAGCGCAAAUUUCAGUUCACUUUUUGAGAGUUUCGGUAUCUGUUGUCAUUCAGAAUUGCUCCUAAUUAUAAUUGCGGGUUUGAUAAGUUUCAAGAAUU